UGUCUCCAAUGCAUUGAACGCUGAAAAUGUUGUGAAAAAGUGGUUUCUCUGCCAUUUUUUAACUCAAAUAAUUUGUAUAUUAUUUUUAAUUUCGUGAAUUAUAUGAACUGGGUGAUUUGUUGGAGUGAAAUCAAAAUUAACAUUUCAUACAACAGUUAUACACGUAUUGCUAUACAAAUCACUAGACUAUUGAGAAAACUCAUUGAUAAUAGCGAAGCGAUAAUUAGUGUAUACAUGAAAAGUAUCGCAAACUCCCUGUGAAACCCAUAUAUAAAGUGAUUAUUAAAUGUAAUAUAAUUUAUGAUAUUAUACACGAAUAUAAUUAAUAAUAUUUUGCACUCAAUCUCAUUGUGUUAUUAAUUAUUUGUGUAUUUUAUUAACAAGUUUUUUGGUGUGCAAUACCUACACGUAUAGCAAAUAAUACGCUAAUAAUAAUGCAUGCAAUUAUAUAAUUAAUCGCUUUUCACGCCAACAAAAAGUAUUGCCAUCGCGAAGAUAUCCGGAGGAAUGAGUGCCACGAAUACCACGUUCUGGAAGCAGUUCUCGUCGAAUAAUAGCUCAACAGAUAGUAACCAAAGAACUAGUGGUGGAAGUGGUGGUGGUUUAGGAGGUAGUGGUGGUGGUGGUGGACAGUCACCAGUCGGCGGUGGGACUAAAUUUCCCGGACGUGUCAUCAUGAAGAACAACAACUACUUCGCCGCCAAUCAGAGCCAACCGGUGACCACUGCCACCGGUGGUGACCAUCAAAGACAUCGUCAACAGAAACAACGGACUAGUAGUCUGUCGGGUAUGCCAUCGACCGCUGCCUCGCAGACAACGCCCACUAAACUGAGCGGUGGGGCCGCACAUCACCGACAGGGAAGUGGUGGUAGUGGUGGUGGUGGUGGCGCUCACUAUCACCACAAGCGUAACAACUCAUCCAGUUUUGAAGUGUUCACCGCCAGCUGCGACGACGCCUGGGACUCAACCAUCGAUGACUGCCUUCAGGCCACGAAUCAUAUGAAUAAUCAUUUCAAUAGCAAUCAGUCGGCCAUCGAUUCCCGACUUUCGAGUAAUAUAUCGGCGCUUCUCAUCCGAGAGACGCCUUCGACAUCGAAGCCAAUAAGACACUCGUCGACCGCCAAUAACUCCAGAGGUGACGAAAAUAGCAAACCAAACCAAAACCAGACACAGACGACAACAACGACCGCCACAUCGACACCAAACACGGCGCCAAUCAUCACCGAAACGGAUCCCAAAUUAGCCAAAAUCAAGAAAAUCGUAUUCGACGACGAGGUGACCGACUUGAACCAACUGCGAUCCCUGGCCUGGGCCGGCAUUCCCAAUGAGGUGCGGCCCAUAACGUGGAAACUGCUGUUGGGAUACCUGCCUAUCGUGCGGUCGAAGCGCCGGCAGAUUGCCGACAGAAAACGGGCCGAAUAUCAGGACCUCGUGAACCGGUAUUACUAUAAUCGUCCCGAGAAUGACGAGAUCUGGCGUCAGAUCCAUAUCGACAUACCGCGGAUGCAGCCCUUGAUCUCCAUAUUCCAGCAGCCGUUGGUUCAGGGCAUCUUUGAGCGCAUACUAUACAUCUGGUCCAUCCGGCACCCGGCCAGCGGCUACGUGCAGGGCAUGAACGACUUGGUGACCCCCUUUUUCGUGACCUACCUGUCCGAGUUCAUACCGGACAACGCGCUCUCCAAAGUGGAGUCGUUCGACGUGUCGACGCUCGGGGCGGACACGUUGGCGGGCGUGGAGGCCGACUCGUUCUGGUCGUUCACCAAACUCCUCGACUCCAUACAAGACAACUACACGUUCGCUCAGCCGGGUAUCCAGCGGCUGGUGAACCUGUUGUCGUGUGUGGUGUCCCGCGUGGACCGUAUUAUUAGUACAAUGUAUACACUAUAA